AACAACAGUCCUCAGUGGACCAAGUGAACCGAACUCGGGAAAAACAAGCUCUUCUCCGGCUGGGCCUUGGGUACAUAUACAAGGUUCAGAGAUCCUGGACCCACUGAGAGAGCGAUUCUCCACCUCGCCCUCCUCCCCCUCCCAACUCAAGAGUGCCCACUCUGCGCAUCUGCCUCCGCAUCCUUCGCCGCCGGGGCCAUGGUGCAGCAGGUGCUCUACCGGGCUCUGGUGUCCACCAAGUGGCUGGCCGAAUCCGUCCGGGCCAACAAGAUCGGGCCCGGCCUACGGGUGCUGGACGCGUCCUGGUACCCGCCCGGAGAGCGCAGCGCCCAGCGGGAGUACCAGGCGCGCCACGUGCCCGGCGCCUCCUUCUUCGACAUCGAGGAGUGCAAGGACAAGUCCUCGCCCUACGAGCUCAUGCUGCCCAGCGAGGCCCACUUCGCCGACUACGUGGGCCACCUGGGCAUCGACAACGACACCCACGUGGUGGUGUACGACAGGGACGAGCUGGGCAGCUUCUACGCUCCAAGGGCCUGGUGGAUGUUUCGGGUGUUCGGGCACCGCACCGUGUCCGUGCUGAACGGAGGCUUCCGGAACUGGGUGAAGGAGGGGCACCCGGUGACGGCGGAGCCCUCCCGCCCGCAGCCCGCCGUCUUCAAGGCCACCCUGGACCGAUCCCUGCUGAAGACCUACGAGCAGAUCAUGGAAAACCUGGAGUCCAAGAGGUUCCAGGUGGUGGAUUCUAGGGCCCGGGGCAGGUACCUGGGGACCGAGCCCGAGCCCGGAGAUGAAGGGCUGGAACCGGGCCACAUCCCCGGCACCCUGAACAUGCCCUUCAUGGACUUCCUCACGGAGCAGGGCCUGGAGAAGAGCCCGGAGGAGCUCCGCGGCCUGUUCCGGGAGAAGAAGGUGGACCUCUCCCAGCCCCUCAUCGCCACCUGCCGCAAGGGGGUGACCGCCUGCCACGUGGCCCUGGCCGCCUAUCUGUGCGGGAAGCCGGACGUGGCCAUCUACGACGGCUCCUGGUCGGAGUGGUUCCGCCGGGCGCCGCCCAAACUCAGGGUGUCCCAGUGGAAGGGGGACCGGUCCUGAGUUGGAGGCUCGAAAACCCCCAAACGCCCUUCCCCCGUCCCCCGCCUCACCUGUUCUGGCCCCUCCCUCCCCUUCUGACCUCAUCCAUUCUGCCC